AUGGUGUUCAAACUCACUUUAUACAAUUUCAAUUUAAUUUUUUUUUUCGCAAAAAAGAGUUGGCCCUACAUAAGGCAAAUCGCCUGUCGUCUAGCUAGACACUUGACACCGGUUAAUCGUGCGUAG